AGGGAAACCACCACCUGGCUUACAUCUGGAUGUAGUCAAAGGAGACAAACUCAUUGAGAAACUCAUCAUUGAUGAGAAGAAAUACUAUCUCUUUGGGAGAAAUCCUGAUCUGUGCGAUUUUACCAUUGACCACCAGUCUUGCUCUCGGGUCCAUGCUGCCUUGGUCUAUCACAAACAUCUCAAGAGGGUUUUCCUCAUAGAUCUAAACAGCACACAUGGCACGUUCUUGGGUCAUAUCCGUUUGGAACCUCACAAACCCCAACAGAUACCCAUUGACUCCACGGUUUCAUUUGGCGCUUCUACACGGGCAUACACUCUGCGAGAGAAGCCUCAGACACUGCCAUCAGCCGUUAAAGGAGAUGAGAAAAUGGGCGGUGAAGAUGAAGAGCUCAAGGGCUUGCUGGGCCUGCCAGAGGAGGAGACAGAGCUUGACAACCUGACAGAGUUUAAUACAGCCCACAACAAAAGAAUUUCCACACUAACCAUUGAGGAAGGGAAUUUGGAUAUUCAGAGACCAAAGAGAAAACGGAAGAACUCCAGAGUGACAUUCAGUGAUGAUGAUGAAAUCAUCAAUCCGGAGGAUGUGGACCCUUCUGUUGGGCGUUUCAGGAACAUGGUACAGACAGCAGUAGUCCCUGUUAAGAAAAAACGGUUGGAGAAUCCAGGCUCAUUGACCACAGAUGAUUCUGCAUCACGACGUAUGCAAAACUUUCCCUACAGUGGAGGAUUAUAUGGUGGUUUACCUCCAACUCACAAUGAGGCAGGUUCCCAAUCGCAUGGCGUCCAUGGGACAGCACUCAUUGGUGGUCUGCCAAUGCCCUACCCCAAUCUUGCCCCAGAUGUGGACUUGACUCCUGUUGUGCCCUCAACAGUUAACAUGAACCCAGCUCCAAACCCUGCUGUCUUUAAUCCUGAAGCUGUGAAUGAACCCAAGAAGAAGAAAUAUGCAAAGGAGGCAUGGCCGGGCAAGAAGCCGACCCCUUCCCUACUGAUCUGAGUUGGGUUUUGUUGAGGGAGGGAGGGUGGGUGGGAGUUACGAACUCCAGAAACUGUUUAUGUGCAGUAUCGUCUUUUUAAAAUUUCAAUGUCCUAACCAGAUGUAAUACCAAGAUUGGAGAAGUGAAAUAUUCUUUAAAGAUCUGUCUUCAAAUGUUUUUAUAUGUCUGUUUAAAAGAAAAAAAAAAUACAGCUCCCAUCUCCUUUUGAACCAAAAUAUCUGGCAGCCUUUUCUUAGCCAUUGCUGUCCCCAGAGGUCUUUACUCUGAAUUUUGAUCCAUAAGUUGAAGGGGCAGUGUCAUGCAAUUUAAUUAUCAUUUAUGGCAUGACCCUGCAAAUUCGUGUAUUUAGGUGUCGUGCUUACUAUGAGUAAUGUUGUUGCUGCUGGACUUGCUCAUAGCAGGUCAGCUCUAUCAGAAGUAAAUGUUUGUGGGGCCAAGCCUUUCAGAAAUCCCAUUGGUAUGAGUUCUAAAACUUGCAAAAUACAGGUCAGCUUUUAUUUUUUACAUUUUCAAAACCCCACCAAUGUGGGGCAUUAUCUUUUUGUUUCGUUUUGUUUGGCUACAGCUUGUUUUAAUUUCCACCUAAAACACUACAGCAUCCCAUUAGUUCAUGAGAACGUGGAGUUGAGAUGGAUGACAAAUAGACAGGCUUCCUUAGCUGAGGUCCAGUAUUGUACGAUGGAGUGCUGUGUGGAUGGAUAAAGGGGUGUGCACGUGGAUGGAUCUGAGCUUGUGUUGGUGCUAAUGGCAGCAUACAAGCAUGGCAAGCCGAGGACGGUUUGACUGGUGGAUAGGCACUAUCUACACUGUACAAACAAUAAACAGCAAAGUAGAGUUGACUCUCUCUCCUGUGAUAACUUAAGGUGAAGUUAACACAGAGGAGAACAGUUUCUUUUAAACUUGGUGCCCUUUUAACUUAAAAAGUUUCAUUUUUAUUUGCAAAUGGAACUUGUGAGCUUAGAGUAUAUGUGAGAUGCAACAAGACACACACAAAAAUGAGCAGCCAUCAGCACUGUCAGAGGACUUGCAUGUUUAACAACUAAAACCACAAUCUGCACGCUAUUCUGGCUGCUAGUUACAGUGGGUGAGAACUGAGUGCUACUUAAAGCUAGAAUAUGAAUUGUCAGUAGAGAAUCUGCCUUGCCUUGAAUAAAGCAGUGCACAAAUUGGUUUCAUAAUAUUACAAUUUUUGACUACUUCAUCACUUUCUCCCAUUGAAUAAAAUGAGAAGCUUGAUUUGGAUUGUUGCUGUAGCCCUUCAAAUCCUCGGUUUUAGAUUUCAAAAUCUGAUUCACAUGUAUUCAGACACUAUGUCUUCACUUUAUACAAGGUAUGGCCAGAGCUCUGUUUUUCUUAAGUUUACUCUGGAUUUUUUUACAUUCUAUAAUGCAGUUCAGCUAUGUAGUCACAUUCCUUUGUUGUUUGGGGGAUUUCUCCAGGAAAUGUGCACUAAAAUGACAGUAGUGUACCCAGCUGUUCAUUGUGUGCAGUACUGUAGCUACCUGGCUAAGUAGGUUUGUGGAAAUCUGAUGGCUGCUGGAGCAGUGCUGUGUUAUAGUGCAUCUGGUGUGCUGCAUGCACUAGACCUGUUUUGGACAGAUGCUCCAAAAUCAGUGUGACUUCUGCGUCUGCAGAGUGAUUGCUUCUAUCAUGUUGUUGAGGUAAAAAUGAGUUAGUAGCUACCCCAUUUACAAGAGCGAUGGCUUUAGAGACUGGUUUGUUCCCCUCCCCGCACCAUCAUAUCUAGCUCAAACUAUUAUAUGGAUGAAUACAGUACCUUCUCCAUGAUAUAGUUGUGCCGCUCUGUGUUUAGUUGCUAUUGAAUAUGAUUCAGUCCUCAGGCAUUCUGCUUCCAAACACUCCAUGCUGACUUUUAAAAUCUUUCUCCCUUUAUUUUUAGUUUUGCUUCUUUCUGGUAUGUAGUAUUUUCUUUUUCCAGCCAGUCUGCUUUAUGAAGGCAACUCUUUAGGGUAAGACUAGUUAGGGCAAGUAAAAGUUGAACAGGUUUUCUUCUUCCUUUAUUUCUGUUUUGGGGUUGGGGUGGUUGGGGUUUUUUCUUUUUUUUUUGGGGGGGGG